UGUUUAGUUCCUUAUGUAUCAACUAUCGAAGUCAAUCAUUUUCUUGCUGUUUUUGAUGUGUUGUCACAGAAAAAUAGAUAAAGACCCUAUCAGCAAAAUUCAUGUCUCUGGAAAGAUGUAUCCUGGGUACAUCGUAAUUUAUUGAUAUGAAGUGCCCAAGUCUAACACUCUUAUCGAUGACAGUAAAUGCUUUUCGGAAAAACUCAGAUUCUAACACCGGAAAAAUUGUUUCCUGAUCAAAGAACUGAAAGAGCACCUAUGUGCACUACAUAGACGAAAUGGCAGAUAGUAUCGCUUCCCUUUUAUUGGAUUGUAACCUUCAGUUAGAACUGGAGGAAAAACAAACUAGUUUCAAUUUGAUUUACAAAGUUCAGGAGAGCUCAUCACUACAUCUUUUUCUGAGAUUAUCAGGUACAAAAGUGACCCUCCUGAAGUCACUUAAACCUGAUUUGACCAAAAAUCAUCGAGUUCUCCACUAGUUUCCCCACCCCGAAAGGGCGUGCACUUGGCCAUUAAAAUAUCAGAUUAUUCACUUCACAUAGCAAGAGUCCAUAAUUACAGUACAAUAUUGGGGGAGAAG